GGAGGGGGGGUGUACGGUUCGCAGGCUCCAUGGGGGUCGGUCCUCUCCUUCUCCCCUAGUAUAAAUCCUCCGCCCAGGUGUAUGUGUGUGUGUGUGUGUGUCAGAGAGCCCCUGCGUGUCAUGGGAGUGUGUGUAGAGAAGGCUGGCGACGGGAGCCGAAGGGCAGGUGUCCUCCUGCUGUCUGUUCUCUGGGUCUGCGUGGUGGUCGGAGGCAGCCGCCCCCCUCACCCGCGCCCCGCCGGCCGGUUCGUGCUGGGGUUCCAGGCGCCCCUGAACGCCUCGUUCCCCUUCAGCGCGCGGCGCCUGGGCUCGGCCAUCACGCUGGCCGUGGAGAAGGUGAACGCCAACCCCGCCCUGCUGGGCAACCUGACGCUGGCCGUGGCCUUCAUGGACACCGACUGUGACGCCAAGGCCUCGCUGCGCGCCUUCAUCCAGAUGCAAUGGAACAGGAACAUCUCCGCCCUGUUUGGACCGCCGUGUCCCGAGGAGGCAGAGGUCACGGGGCUCCUCGCCUCCUCCUGGAACAUUCCGAUGUUUGGCUUCGUGGGCCAGUCACCCAAGAUGGACAACGCCGCCGUCUACGACACCUACAUCAAGGUGGUCCCCCCGCUCAAGAGGAUUGGUGAGGUCCUGGUCAAGACUCUGGACUUCUUCGGGUGGAACCAUGUGGCCAUGGUGGGGGGUGGCUCGGACUCCAACACGUGGGACAAGGUGGACGCGGUGUGGAAGUCUGUGGAGGAGCAGCUGAGGGAGAGGAAGGAGGUGAAGGCCGCGCUCAGGUUCGACUCCAGCAGCGAGGAGCUCAUCCAGAGGAACAUCAGACACGUGGCAACCGUCGCUAGGGUGAUCGUGGUGCUGAGCAAUGCUGAGGACUCCACUGCUCUGCUGAAGGAGGCCCAGAGGCAGGGGCUGAUGGGGGGGGAAUAUGUCUUCAUCCUGAUCCAGCAGUUUGAGGACAACUUGUGGAAGUGUGCCGUGGGUAGCGGCAGAGACCAGAGCUCCAUGAGGGCCUUCGACAUGGCCUUCGUCAUCGCCCAAAAGACCUACGAGGGCUACGAGUACUACGACUUCUUCGAGCAGGUCCACGCCAGGCUGACCGACGCCCCCUACUACAGCAACCUCACCUCGGAGGCAGAGGUGAGUCCUUACGCUGCCUACCUGCAUGAUGCAGUGCUUCUGUAUGCCAUGGGCCUGAAGGAGGUGAUAAACGACGGACUCGACCCACAAGACGGACGAGAACUGGUCAAGAAGCUGAAACACAAGGCCAACAUCAGGUUUCAAGGAGCAUCCGGACUGAUCCACUUUGACGAGGAGGGGGAGAGGAACGUGGACUACUCCAUCUUCGAUCUGCAACCUGUGGGAGACAUCAGCAAGUUUGUGUCCGUCCUCGACUUCGACAGUCAAGCAAAGUCCAUCAGGCCGACGCCCAGGUUCACGUCUGUGUUCUGGCCAAUGGGGAAGCCUCCUACUGAUGACCCGCUCUGUGGCUUCGACAACGAGCUCUGUGAAUGGCUCUACAGCGAUAAGGUGAUGGUGAUCCUAUUGGUGCUGCUGCCACUGGUGGGCGGGGCCGCCCUGCUCUUCAUCACUGUCCUCACCCUCCAGAAAGUCCGUCUCCAGGGGCGACUGGUCGAUGCUCGCUGGUGGCAGAUCAACCACAGCGACAUCACCACCAUCAAAGAGCCCAAGGGGUUCCCCAGUCAGUCGAUAAGCACCACCAUCAGCAAGAAUGGCAGUGGAGGCUCUCAGACUAUCAGCACCAAGGGACAGGAGCACAUCUACAUCACCAUCGGCCUCUACCAGGGGAACCAGGUAGCCAUCAAGUACUUGAAGAACCAGGCCCUGUCUGAUGUUAGGAAGCCCUCAGUGAUCCAGGAGUUUAACAUGAUGAGGGAGCUGAAGCAUGAGAACCUGGUGCAGUUCUUCGGGGUCUGCAUCGACCCCCCAGACGUAUGUCUGGUCAUGCAGUACUGCAGGAAAGGCAGCCUAAAGGAUGUCUUAAACUCGGAGGUGGAGCUGGACUGGAUGUUUAAGCUGUCCUUCACCUAUGACAUUGUCAAUGGCAUGGAGUAUCUGCACAAGAGCAGUCUGAAGUCCCACGGGAACCUGAAGUUGUCCACGUGUCUGGUGGACAGCCGUCUGCAGGUCAAGCUCUCCGGCUUCGGCCUCUGGGAACUGAAGCAUGGAUGCAAACACAGACUUGUUCCUGUGGACAACCCCUGCUUUGAGGACCUGUACUGGACGGCCCCAGAGCUCCUGAGGGAGGUGUACUUCCCCUUGAAUGGCACUCAGAAAGGGGACGUGUACAGCUUUGCCAUCAUCAUGAGAGAGAUCCUCUACAGCACAGACGAAGGUCCCUACCACGGCAUCAAACUGGAGCCCAAAGAGAUUACUCGCCAGCUCCGAGCCCCCCCGCCCAGCGGCCCCCUGCGCCCCAACCUGCCCCCCCAGGUGCUACCUGACCAGGUGCAGGGGGAGGGGCUUCUGGAGCUGCUGCAGGUGUGCUGGAGCGAGAACCCUGACCUACGACCCCCCUUCAGCACCAUCAGGAGACGAGUCAGAGAGGCCAGCCCCGACAGUCACACCAACAUCCUGGACAACAUGGUGAGCAAGCUGGAGAAGUACGCCAAUCACCUGGAGGAGGUAGUGGAGGACAGGACCAAUCAGCUCACAGUAGAGAAAGCCCGCGCCGACAAACUUCUCUCCACCAUGUUGCCAAGGUACAUAGCUGAGAAGCUGAUGGCGGGGCAGACCGUGGAGCCUCAGAGCUACAACAUGGUGACCGUCUUCUUCUCAGACAUCGUGGGCUUCACCUCCAUGUGUUCAGUCAGCUCGGCCAUGGAGGUCAUCGCCCUCCUCAACGACCUCUACACACUCUUUGAUGACAUCAUCACCAUCUACGACGUCUACAAGGUGGAAACGAUCGGCGAUGCAUACAUGGUGGCCAGUGGGCUCCCGAUCGUCAACGGCGACAAGCAUGUGGACGAGAUCUCCACCAUGGCCCUCCACUUCCUGGGCGCCAUCAAGCUGUUUAAGAUCCGCCACAUGCCCAACGAGAGGCUGGCGCUCAGGAUUGGCAUCAACUCAGGUCCUGUGGUGGCAGGGGUAGUGGGGACGUCCAUGCCCAGGUACUGUCUCUUCGGGGACACGGUUAACACGGCCUCCAGGAUGGAAAGCAACAGCCUGCCCCUGAUGAUCCAUAUCUCGCAGAGUACUGCAGACGUCCUGAUCAAGCUGGGGACCUUUAAACUGGAGGAGAGGGGAGACAUCGAGAUCAAGGGAAAGGGCAGUCAGAAGACGUUCUGGCUGAAGAGUAAGGAUGGGUUUGUGUUCCCCCCUAAAGACAGCCCCGGGCCCACCUGCUAUAAAACCACCCAUGAGGAUAAAAUGCCACCGAAGGCAGUGGACAGCAGAGACAGACCGAAGACCCAGCGCACUCAUUCCUUUGCCAAGAUGGCGGCCGACACGACGCUCGCCGUACCAAACAUAGACAUAUGAAGGUCUAUAUAUGUCUAUGGUACCAAGAGGUUUCCUACGGCUCCCUAAAGCACUGCACUGAACUCUACUGCCCCCUACUGGCGCCCCAUGUGGAGUGUGGUACCAGAUAAGG